AGACAAAGCAAAUCAGCUGUGACCAACUUAAUCUAUCUCUGACUCUCUGGUCUAUAUAUCUAAGAGUUUAGAGGUGCUGGCUUAAAGUUGUUCAAAGAAAGGAAAGGGAAUAAUGGGAUCAAACUCAGCCCUCUAUGCCCCAUGUCCGCCACUACCAAAUGUUCAAGAAAUGGUGAGGAGUGACCCUUUUCAGGUGCCUGAAAGAUACAUCAGGAAUGAAAAGGACAUUGCAAACGAUGCAGACUUGUGUCCUCAACUUUCCUCUGAGGUUCCCAUCAUCGAUUUUUCUCUGCUCUCAAAUGGGAACAAAGAGGAGCUUCACAAGCUGGACCAGGCUUGCAAGGAAUGGGGAUUCUUUCACAUGGUGAAUCAUGGUGUGGCGACAGAAUUGAUGAAGGGCAUGAAGGAUUAUGCGCAGAAGUUCUUUGAACUUCCAUUAGAAGAAAAGAACAAAAUUGCUAUACCACCAAAUGACAUACAAGGCUAUGGCCAUUCCCAUUCGGAUCAGAUCCUGGAUUGGUCCGACAAACUUGUUCUUAUCGUUCACCCACACCACUAUAGAAAGCUCGAGGUCUGGCCGGCCACUCCAUUCAAGGAGGCUAUUGAGGCAUAUUCUAGUGAAGUUAAAAGAGUUGGAGAGGAGCUCUUAAGGUUUAUGUCUUUGAUCAUGGGGAUGGAGAAGGAUGCUUUUCUUGGGCUACAUCAAGAGUUGGUGCAACCCAUGUCGGUAGCCUACUAUCCUCAAUGCUACUUGCCUGAUAAAGUACUAGGACUUGGCCCUCACUCAGACAAAGGGACCAUAGGCAUACUUAUGCAAGAAGACGAUGUAACGGGACUACAAAUCAAGCACGAAGGAAAAUGGGUACCGAUCAAGCCAAUUCCCGACACUUUAGUAGUGAAUGUUGGAGACAUGAUGGAGAUAUGGAGUAAUGGGAAAUACAAGAGUAUUGAACACAGAGUUGUAACAAACGAAAGCAAGGCGAGGAUAUCUUGUUCAACGUUUUAUUUACCACGUCAUGAUGUGGAAAUUGAACCCCUUGAUCAAAUGGUACUCGAGUCGCCGGGGUCCCUUCCGAUGUACAAAAAGGUCAAAUAUGGAGAUUAUCUGAGGCAAACUAAGCAUAUGAGAUUUGAAGGGAAGGCGCAUGUCAUUAAGGUUGCUAAGCUUAAUUGGUAGUUACAGCAUAUGUACUAAUUUUCAAAAGGCAGGGGACAUGAAAAAAUAAAUAUUUAAUCAAAUCUUGAAUGAUUGUUUUUAUUUUUUAUUUUUGAAAAGAAAAUCAAACAAUUUAGUCAACAAGUAAAAGUAAUAUUACAUAGUGACCCAU